AGCGCAGUAGCGAAAGUGGUCCAAAUCGUUCAUACGAUUAUGAUUCCAAACGGGUAUAAAAACGCACAAAUUUUUACGAACCGCAUCAGUUUCGUAGAAACAUUUUCACCAAAAGCAACAAUGGCCCUCAAAUUCGUCAUCCUCGUCGCCACUUUGGCAUACGCCAACGCCGGACUCUUGGGAGCUCCCGCAGUGGCCACCUAUUCGGCAGGACCGAUCGUGUCCUCGUACUCAGCCCCAUUGGUAACCAAAUCGAUCGCCCCGGUAGUGUCAGCUUACGCCGCCCCCGCAGCACCCGUAGUUGCCGCAUACUCAGCCCCAGCUCUAUCGAAAUCGGUAGUCUCCACCUACACCACACACUCAGCUCCACUUGUCGCUAAAGCCGUUGCUCCAGUAGCGACCUAUGCUGCUGCUGCUCCAGUCGUAUCUGCCUAUUCCGCCGGUCCAGUUGUAUCUUCUUAUUCAGCUCCAUUGGUAGCUAAAUCUGUGGCUCCAGUUGCAUACGGCGCCGCUCCAGUAGCAUACGGCCCCGCUCCAGUAGCAUACAGCGCUGCUCCAGUAGCAUACGGUGCGGCUCCUUUGGCUUACUCUGCCGGUCCAGUGGUUUCCAGUUACGGUGCUCCAGUCGUAGCCAAGAGCGUUGCUCCCGCGUUGGCCUACAGCGCUCCAGUGGCCGCCUGCAUCCAAAUCGAACCGCUCCUUGUCCUCGCUGUUACGCUCACGUACGCCAGCGCUGGUCUAAUCGGUGCCCCAGCCGCCGUUGCCACCUACUCCUCAGCUCCGGCAGUUAGCAGUUCCUACUUCCACCAAGCAUCUGCUCCCGUGGCAGUCGCUCACGCGGCCCCAGUGGGCUACGCUGCUCAGCACGCUCCAAUUGCAUAUGCUGCUCAACACGCUCCAGUCGCCUAUGCUGCUCAGCACGCUCCAGUAGCAUACGCCGCUCAAGCCAUCCAUGCUCCCUCGGUCGGAGUAACGCAAGAAAGUGUAGCACGUUCCCUUGGAGGCGCCCAGUCUGUCUCCACUUUCUCUAAAGCGGUCGACAGCGCCUUCUCCAGUGUUCGUAAAUUCGACACCAGAGUGACCAACGAUGCCUUGGCUUUGGCUCCAGCCCAAGUUGCCUAUUCCUCACCUUUGAUCACAAAGGCGUACGCCCAGCCAGCUCCCCAAUUGGCUUAUGCUGCUCACGCUGCUCCAAUCACAUACUCCUCUCCAGUUGUAGCCAAAACUUACGCCGCAGGUCCUCUUGUUUCGAGCUACGCUGCCCCUUUGGUAGCCAAGGCUCCAAUUGCCGCAUACGCAGCUCAGGCUCCGCAACUGGCAUACGCUGCUCAUUCCGCUCCAGUCGCGUAUUCAUCGCCAGUGAUCGCUAAGACUUAUGCCGCAGCUCCAGUCGCAUAUUCCGCUCCCGUAGUAGCGAAAUCUUACGGCGCUCCAGUAGCCGCUUACGCAGCUCAAGCUCCAGUUUUGACCAAAACUGCCGUAGCUUACUCUCCAGCUUCCGUUGUGGCCCACACAACGUUCCAGGGACUGGGCGUUGAAUACCACUAUUAAACGAUCACAUCAGACUGCCAUUUUUGUACAUAGGAUUUAGUGCGUGUUUUGUAUUUAAUUUAAUAAAUUGUUUUUAUUGGAUAA